AUGCUUCGAAAAUCCGUGGAAAAUCCUUCAAGGUACCAUCUAUAUCCAUCUAUCACUAUAAUUUUGUCUUGUUGCCCUGGUCCCUUUGGUGGCUCAUGGUGGCUCGAGGGCUGGUUCCCAGUUGUUUUCGGCUCAAAGCGGCCAAGUUUUUUGCAGCGUAUGGGCAGCUCCAGAAAGGGCCGAGGCAAAGGUGGAAGUGAUGGGAAAGGAAAGUCUUCAGGAAAUUUCUUCGGCGGUGGCGGUUAUGCCUCGUUCGGAGAUUACAUGGUGGAGAAGAAUCGGAAGCUCAAAGAACAGUUCGCUGCAGCGGCUCGUGCUGGAAGCACAGGCGAGACGAAGACCGCCAUUUUUACCGGGCUCAGUUUCUGGAUGACCGGCCGCACCUGUUUGCCGGACCAGGAAUUGAAGCGUCUCAUCGUGGAACAUGGUGGAGUCUACGAGCAAUAUGGCUUCACCCAUGUGACCCACGUCAUUGCAGACAACCUGGCAGCUGGAAACCAACAAUGGGCUCAGUUGAAAAAACGAACCAAGCGGGUCAAUGUGGUGACCUCAAGUUGGAUCAUGGACUGUGUCAAGGAAGGUCGCCGCCUACCGGAAAUCCGGUACAUGCCAGCGUGUUUGUCCAGCGCCUCCUCCAUGCUGUCGUUUAUGGAUCGCCAAGCAAAGGAGGAAGCGGCCACACCAGACCGUUGUUCUGAUGAAAUCAUCACGGAUGAGUCCCCACAAGUGGAGCAAGCAGCUCCUAGCAAGCCAGCUCCGCAUCCGCCAUCGCAUGACGCCGCAGUCGCUGCGCAGGCGGCUCGGACCGAGGGGGUCAGUCCUCCACGGAAGAAGGCGAAGCACUGCCUGGGUGGAAUUCCGGCGGCCAGUUCCUCCUUUGCACUGCAGGUGAGCACCCACUGUCCAGAGGGACUGGAUAGCUUGGCGGAACUGAUGGAAGUCUUGUCGGAUCUUUCAGACAGCUCCGCACGGCAGCUGCGUCAACAAAGUCGCUGCAGCACUGCAGCAGGUCUGCGAAUCAGCGUCGGAGAUUCGGCCAUGGAAUGGAGCGGAGCUGGAAAUUUGGCCAAUGCGUCCCACCACAGCAGUGACAUUUUACCUGUUCUGAAGUCUUUGGCUGCCAGAGCCGUGACAGCUCUCAGUUUGGAGCAUGCGGGCUACAAAUCGGUCAGCGAUGUGGAAGUUCGACUCCAAUGUGAUCAAGGAGGUCUGGAGCCAUCCCCAAGUCUUGAUUCGCCCUCGCCUCCGCUGGCCGCUCCGGCAUCGAAUCGGAGGGAGGAAAGCCCUGCUGUGCAGCUUCAAUGGGCAGAUCACGACCAGUCUCCUGAAGUCCCAAGCAUCGGCAGCCAAUCUGAUUGCGGUCCUCAUCAGCACGACAUUCAGAUGGGAAGCUGCACCAGCAAGGAGCCUCACCCCGAAGCAAAGGUUCACUGCCAGGUUGAGACAGCAACCAGACCACAUUGGAAAGACCUGCCGGUGUGGGCAGCGGAUGUGAACGCAAACACCAGAGAGCUCAUGCAACACUGGCGGGGAAUCUGCAAGACGUUGCAGAGCAUGAAACCAACGGGCCUGAGAGCAUGGCAUAGCAUGUGCCAUGGUCCUGAAAGUGAACCUGGCGGGCAUCAGCCUUCCGUGACCGCCAGCUUGGAUUGCCAUGAGGAUGCCUUCAAGACUCUUCUGGCAAGCCGUGAAUACGAGGUGGUGCAUCUCGCCUUGCGAGCCCUUCGGAUCUCGACCAGCAAGAGAGUCCCAUCCACACUCCGCGGAGAAGGCCAACUUCCCACGGCGGAGCACUUCAACCGCCUUCUGAGCAGCGUCCAGCGUGCCAUGGCCGGAGCACACUUCAAGGUGGCUCCGCUGGCCGAUGCCGAGGAAGAAAAGGACCCCAGUGAGAGUUCCAAGGCGGAUCACAGAUUGCAACCCUGCAGGUGCCUUGUGUGUCGAAAGUGCGCUGAGAAGGUGGCCUGGAGCGAACGGUCGGCAUGCCCGCUGUGCGACAUGAGAGUUCAGUGGCUUGCAGAUGAACGGGCGUUGAUUGCCACGGGCUGGCGGGUGACACGGGCAUCUGCUGGCAACAGGACAGAAAAGUGUGGAAUGUGUGGAAGCCGUUACAAGUGA